AUGCCUGCUCCUGCCGGAACCAAACGUGUCCGUGGCGUCCAAAUCUAUCGGCCAUUCGUCUAUGGUACUGAAGCCAUUCCUUUCGACCCUGAAAAUCGCCCGAAAGAUGCCCCGCCAGAUCAUACACAUAAAUGGAAAGUCUUCGUCCGGGGAAUUAACAAUGAGGAUAUCUCAUACUGGCUGAGGAAGGUACAAUUCAAGCUCCAUGAUACAUACGCCAACAGUGUGCGAAUGAUCGAAAGCCCGCCGUUUGAAGUGGAAGAGACGGGCUGGGGUGAAUUUGAGAUUGCCAUCAAGUUCUAUUUUGUCCCCGAGAGUACAGAAAAGCCGCAACAAAUCUGGCAUGGUCUGAAGCUACAUCCAUAUUAUGGCGACAUUGAACAGCAAAGGAAAGAAAGAUCCAUGAUUUCUAGCGUAUGCUACGAGGAAGUUCUGUUCAAUGAGCCCGUCGAAGCAUUCUAUGACAUAUUAACGGGAGGUGCUCAAGUGGUCAGGUCUAAGGCGGGAAAGGGGGGCAAAGGCAUGAUUAAAGCCCCCCCAACAGCAGAAAUUCCUAUGAAGAGUAGUGGAGGCAAUAAAUUCAGCAGAGAGGAGGAAAGCAAAGAGCUUGAUCGCUUGGGGGAAGCUGUGAAGACGGUCCAGAAGCUGAUUGCGGAAGAAAAGGCCAAGCUCACCAAGGAAGAGGCAAGAUUACAGGAAUUGGAGAAAACCGAAGGAAAACCUAUCAAAAAGAAAUGA